CACGGUUCUCAACAUCAAACAUCCAAAAAAGUCACCUCGUCACCCGCCUCGUCGAUUUCCCCCCACAGCAACCUACCGGCCCCGAAAGAGUUACUCUCGAACCAUCAACAAGAUGUCAGACGUCAACAUUCAGGCACUCCUCCAGAAGCCUCGCAAUGAGUGCACGGAGUAUGAGAUUGCCCAGCUGGAAAACUGGGAGAUGAGCAACGGACCACUGUCACUGCUGCAGACGGCUGUGCGGAGCCACUCGCAGGUGCUGAUCAGCAUCCGGUCGAAUCGCAAGCUGCUUGCGCGGGUCAAGGCUUUCGAUCGCCAUUGCAACAUGAUUUUGGAGAAUGUGAAAGAGAUGUGGACUGAAACCCCCAUGCAUAAUGGCAAGAAGGGGCGCCCGGUGAACAAGGAUCGUUUCAUCAGCAAAAUGUUCUUGCGGGGCGACAGCGUGAUCAUCGUUCUGCUCAGCUAGAUGUAUCACGGAUUUAGAUGGGAGUGAUCGGGGUUCACCACAGGAGGAGUCGGCUCUGCCGCUGGCCCUUCAGGCACACCAGACAUCCAAUUCUGAGUUUGAGACGACAUUCACUUGACUCAUCUCAAAUCAAUGAGU